CAGCAUCAUGCAGCAGGGCCCGGCCCGGCCGUGGGGUUCCCCGGUGCCCCCGCACGGAGCUCGGGUGGGCUCCCGCGGGGCGGGCAGCGGGACCGCGGCUCUGCCCGGAGCUGACCCCGAGAUCGCCCCGCACCCUGUGCCCUGCUACCGGGAGCUGCGGUGGGGCCGGACCCACAUCAGACCCAGCUGCGGGGCCGGGAGCCGCGGCCCUAUUUAAGCGCCGGCCACGGCCCCUCACAUGAUGGCAGCGUGACCGGUUUGAGCCCCAGCACCGCGCUGAGAGCACGAUGGCGCUGGGCAGAGCGCGGUCCCGUGGGGCGGCCGGCGGCGGGGAGCGCGCCCGGCUCCUGCCCCAGGCGUCCCGGCUGGUGGAGCUGCCCUGCUCCUCCUCCUCUGAUGAUGAUGAUGAUGGCAGUGAUGGAGACAUGGACCUUCCCGCAUCCCAGCUGGACCCUGCCGUGAGCUGCAGCAUCCCCCCCGCACCGAGCGCCUUCAGCCAGUGCGUGCGGCACCUGGCCUUCCUCUGGAACCUCCUCUUCCUCUUGCUGGGGCUGCUGGCCCUGGCCCUGGGGGUCUGGGGGCUGCUGGCCAAGGGCUCUCUGGCCGGGGCGCGCUUGGCCCCGCUGGGCUCCGACCCGAUGCUGCUCUUGGUGCUGGCGGGGCUGGCGGCCAGCGCCGUGUCCCUGGCCGGCUGCCUGGGCUCGCUGCGCUCCAGCCCCUGCCUGCUGCGCUUCUUCGUGGGCGCCGUGCUCGCCUUCGCGGCGCUGGAGGUGCUGGCGGCGCUGCUGGUGCUGGCGGCGCGGCACCGGCUGCGGGACGCGGUGCGGGAUGCGCUGCUCCUCUGCCUCCUGCGCUACCAGGACGAGCCCGACCUGCGCUUCCUGGUGGAUGAGGUGCAGCGGAGCCUGCGCUGCUGCGGCCUCGGCUCCUACCGCGACUGGGAGGCGAACCAGUACUUCAACUGCAGCGCCCCGGGCGCGCAGGCCUGCAGCGUCCCCGCAUCCUGCUGCCUGGACCCGUGGCAGAACGGCUCCGUGGUCAAUGCCCUGUGUGCCGCCGGAGCGCUGCGCCUCGGGGAUGCAGCAGCCGGCACCGUGGUGUACACGGGGGGCUGCGUGGCUCAGCUCAGCUCCUGGCUCCGCGGCCAGGCCGGUGCCAUCGGGGCCGGCGCGGCCGUGCUGGUGCUGGUUGAAGCCGUCGGUGUGCUCAUGGCGUUGAAGAUGCUCAGAGACAUCACGGCGCGGGGGUGAGGGUGCAGUGGGGGACACCAGCGGGGCCUGAUCCGACCCAGAAUAAACC